AUGCAAGUAGUGACUAGCAGGUUGACUGCGGCCAGCAGGGAGGCAGCGAUCAGCAGGCAGAAAGCGGUCAGCAGGCAGACAGCGGCCAGAAAGCAUACAGCGGCAGAGAGCGGUUAUCAGGCAGGCAGCGGUCAGCAGGCAGACAGCGGUCAGCAGGCAGACAGCGGUCAGCAGGCAGAGAGCGGUUAUCAGGCAGGCAGCGGUCAGAAGGCAGGCAGCGGUCAGAAGGCAGGCAGCGGUCAGAAGGCAGACAGCGGUACGCAGGAAGACAGCGGUCAGCAGGCUGACAGACGACAUCAGGCACACAGCGGUCAGCAGGCUGACAGACGACAGCAGGCACACAGCGGUCAGCAGGCUGACAGACGACAGCAGGCACACAGCGGUCAGCAGGCUGACCUACGACAGCAGGCACACAGCGGUCAGCAGGCUGACAGACGACAGCAGGCACACAGCGGUCAGCAGGCUGACAGACGACAGCAGGCACACAGCGGUCAGCAGGCACACAGCGGUCAGCAGGCACACAGCGGCCAUCAGGCAGACAACGGCCAGGAGGCAGACAGCGUUCAACAGGCUGACGGCGGCCAGCAAGCAGACGGCGGCCAGCAAGCAGACGGCGGCCAGCAAGCAGACGGUGGCCAGCAAGCAGACAGCGGUGUAGUAGAGCGUGUUUUGGCAUCUACCACUUAG